GAUUUCGCUAAACUUGACACUCUCGUAAACAAGUUUGAAUUAGAAAAGAUUGAAAAGAAAGUACUGAGUUUAAUGCAAACCCCGGCACCACUAUGUGAAUCCAGUGAUUGCAAUAAUCGCGGUCUUUGUAUUGGAGAUAAAAAUUCGUUUGUAUGCGCUUGUCAACUUGGAUACAGCGGAACCAGGUUGACCGGUACCCUAUGCGAUAAUACGGACUGCAACAGUCAAGGAAUCUGUAUCGGUACGAAAGAAGCAUUUUUAUGCGUUUGUAAUCUAGGAUAUCUCGGUGAACGCUGUGAAAGCCGUAUCGGCAUUGAUCUUCAACCAGCAACAGCCAAUGCACUCUGUGAGCUUAAAGACUGCAACAAUAACGGUAUCUGCGUAGGCACCAAAAACAAUCCAGUAUGCCUAUGCAAUCUUGGCUACACUGGAUUACGGUGUGAAAUAGGUAAGGCAACUUGGCUAUCAUUUACUACCAUCAAUUAUCAAUUAUAA